AUGGGAAGAGUGCGACUGCACGAAAAAAGAACACUAUCACCUGCUAUUUACCAUCAGAUUCAAUCAGAUAUCAGAUCAACUCACAAAAACGCGAAAUAUGCAUUGAAAACGCUCCACUAA